ACUGCUGCGCUGGGGUGGUGGGCACCUAGGUCGGAGUCGAGGGCCCAGGAGGUGUCGCCACCGCUCCGGGAAGAGCAGGAAGUGAAACUAUGUAGCCUUUUAAGAGACCAUCUCUGCCCCAUCUGAAGUCCAUAUGGCUCUGUAUGAUGAAGAUCUCCUGAAAAACCCUUUCUACCUGGCUCUUCAGAAGUGGCGUCCUGACUUAUGCAACAAGGUGGCCCAAAUCCAUGGCAUUGUCCUGGUGCCCUGCAAGGGAAGCUUGUCAAGCAGUGUCCAGUCGACGUGUCAGUUCGAGUCCUAUAUUUUGAUACCAGUGGAAGAACACUUUCAGACCUUGAAUGGAAAGGAUGUCUUUAUACAAGGAAACAGGAUCAAAUUAGGAACUGGAUUCGCCUGUCUUCUCUCAGUGCCCAUUCUCUUUGAAGAAACUUUCUACAAUGAAAAAGAAGAAAGUUUCAGCAUCCUGUGUAUAGCCCAUCCUUUGGAAAAGAGAGAGAGUUCAGAAGAGUCUUCAACAUCUUCAGACCCCUUUUCCCUGAAAACCAUCGAAGAUGUGAGAGAGUUUUUGGGAAGACACGCGGAGAGAUUCGACAGGAGCAUUGCCUCUUUCCAGCGAACCUUCCGGGAAUGUGAAAGAAAGAGCCUGCGUCAUCACAUAGACUCGGUGAACGCCCUCUACACCAAAUGCCUCCAGCAGCUUCUGAGGGACUCUCAGCUGAAAAUGCUUGCCAAGCAGGAGGCCCAGAUGAACCUGCUGAAGCAGGCAGUGGAGAUGUACGUCCAGCACGAUAUUUAUGAUCUGAUCUUUAAAUACGUGGGGACGAUGGAGGCAAGCGAGGAUGCUGCCUUUAACAAAAUCACAAGGAGCCUUCAGGAUCUUCAGCAGAAGGAUAUUGGUGUGAAACCCGAGUGCAGUUUCAACAUACCUCGUGCAAAGAGAGAGCUGGCCCAGCUGAACAAAUGCACCUCACCGCAGCAGAAGUUGGUUUGUUUGCGAAAGGUGGUACAGCUAAUUACGCAGUCUCCCAGCCAGAGAGUUAACUUGGAGACCAUGUGUGCUGACGAUCUGCUCUCCGUCCUGCUGUAUUUGCUUGUGAAAACAGAGAUCCCCAAUUGGAUGGCAAAUUUGAGUUAUAUCAAAAACUUCAGAUUUAGCAGCUCAGCAAAAGAUGAAUUGGGAUACUGCCUGACCUCCAUUGAGGCUGCAAUCGAAUAUAUUCGGCAAGGAAGCCUCUCCGUUAAGCCGCCCGAGUCUGAAGGAUUUGGUGACAGGCUAUUCCUGAAGCAGAGAAUGAGCUUACUGUCUCAGAUGACUUCAACUCCCAUCGAUUGUCUGUUUAAGCAUAUUGCUUCAGGUAACCAGAAAGAGGUAGAAAGACUUCUGAGCCAAGGUGACCAAGAUAAAGAUGCCGUCCAAAGGAUGUGUCACCCUCUGUGCUUCUGCGAUGACUGUGAGAAACUGGUCUCUGGGAGGCUGAAUGAUCCCUCCAUUGUCACUCCAUUUUCCAGAGACGACAGGGGUCAUACACCCCUCCAUGUGGCUGCCCUCUGUGGGCAGGCAUCCCUCAUUGACCUCCUGGUUUCCAAAGGCGCGGUGGUGAACGCCACGGACUACCACGGGUCGGCCCCGCUUCAUCUCGCGUGCCAGAAGGGCUACCAGAGCGUGACGCUGCUGCUGUUGCACUACAAGGCCAGCGCCGACGUGCAAGACAACAACGGCAACACGCCGCUCCACCUGGCCUGCACCUACGGCCACGAGGACUGUGUGAAGGCUCUGGUCUACUAUGACGUGCAGUCGUGCAGACUGGAUACUGGUAACGAGAAAGGGGACACCCCGCUCCACAUAGCUGCACGUUGGGGCUACCAAGGCAUCAUAGAGACACUGUUGCAGAACGGAGCGCCCACAGAGGUCCAGAACAGACUGAAAGAGACGCCCCUCAAGUGUGCGCUAAACUCAAAGAUUCUGUCAAUAAUGGAAGCCCGUCAUCCGUCCUUGGAGAGGAGGAGGAAGUCUUCCGAGGUCCCUGUGCAGCCCGCUCAGCGCCCUGUGGAUUCCAUCAGCCAGGCCUCCUCCACCUCCAGCUUCUCCUCCGCGUUGGCACGCUCCAGACGGGAGGAGCCCAAGAAGGACUACAGGGAGGUAGACAAACUUUUAAGAGCGGUUGCUGAUGGAGACCUAGAAAUGGUGCGUUACCUUUUGGAGUGGACAGAGGAGGACCUGGAUGAGGUGGAGGACAUCGUCAGUGCGGAAGAUGUUGACUUUUGUCACCCCUUGUGCCAGUGCCCGAAGUGUGCUCCGGCUCAAAAGAAGCUGGCAAAGAUCCCCGCCAGUGGGCUCAGUGUGAAUGUGACCAACCAGGACGGCGUCUCCCCACUGCACGUUGCUGCCCUGCACGGUCGGGCGGACCUCGUCCCCCUCCUGUUGAAGCAGGGUGCCCGCACCGGUGCCAGAAACGUAACCCAGGCCGUCCCGCUCCACCUGGCCUGCCAGAAGGGCCACUUCCAGGUGGUGAAGUAUCUCCUGGAUUCUAACGCAAAACCCAAUAAAAAGGACAUAAGUGGAAACACACCCCUCAUUUACGCCUGUUCCAAUGGCCACCACGAAGUCGCUGCGCUGCUGUUACAGCACGGGGCCUCCAUUAACGCCUGCAACAACAAGGGCAACACGGCGCUGCACGAGGCUGUGAUAGAAAAGCGCGUCUUCGUGGUGGAGCUGCUUCUCCUCCACGGGGCGUCAGUGCAGGUCGUGAACAAGAGGCAGUGCACAGCUAUAGACUGCGCUGAGCAGAAUUCAAAAAUAAUGGAAUUACUUCAGGUAGUACCAAGCUGUGUGGCCACGUCGGGUGAUGCAGGCGAAACGGACCACAAGGAUUACGUUACUGUGAAGAUCCGGAAAAAAUGGAACUCAAAAAUGUAUGAUCUACCAGAUGAACCUUUUACAAGGCAGUUUUACUUUGUCCACUCGGGCGGGCAGUUAAAGGGAACGGCUUCACAGGAGAUUAUGGCAAGAGAUAGAAGUGUCCCUGAUUUUACUAAAGACUGUGUGCAUGAGCCAGGGAGGCCGGGAGCCACAGGGGAGCAGAACAAGCCGCCAGACCCGUGCCCGCCUGAGACCGCUGGUGGAGGAGGCCGCAGUCAGCCCGAGCGGCCCGGACUGCAGCAGAGCGUUCCCGCGAGCAGGCGGAUGCUGGGCAGACACACCGUCGAGGACACGGUCGCGGCCGGGAGCCCCGGGACUGCCGGAGACCCAGCUGCUCCCCACGAGGCCGGUGUUACUCCCCAGUCUGCACAGCGCGAAGCGGUUGUUACGUUGACUACCAGGAGGUGAGUCCUCAACAAGGAGGUGCCGCACGGGGACACGGCUGAGAACUGACAUGUACUUUGCGUUUGGUUUGAGAGAGAAGCAGAAAGUUCCUGAACCCUUUUCUGUGGCCGAGGGAAAGGAUGCAGCAAGGAAAACCAUCACCCUCUCUCCCCUCUUCGAAGCUCACGAAGGCCCUGGAAAAGGAGUAGACACAGUUUUCAGUGGUAUCCUGAUCCCCGAGACUGGGUGUGGGCUGCUUUUGAGGCGGCAGGCUCCCUGGCCGCAGCGAGGGCCCUUCUCACCGGGUUCUGACCUCCUACCGCAAGGUGCUCACCCCUGCCGUGCGUACACACUGGCACCGCUAGGCCGAAGAACCCGGACCCUGGGACAGGCGACCGCGGAGCAGCGUGGGGGCUGGGCAGACGGGACACACUGGCCUGGAGGAAAGAGGCCCCGAAAACGUUCCUUUGCAAAGCAGCUCAAGCCCAAAGAUGCCCCGGGGCCGGUGUGACGUUUGUGUUACUGAAAAGGACAUUUAUGACCUAUUCUACACUAUGUAUGUGGGAAAGGUUGGGUAUAAUUUUUCUUCCAACAAAGUACAGAUAUAUUUGAUCACCGCACAUACGCAGCCGUACCAGUGUCUCUCAAAGCCUCCCUUUCCGAUAAAAACCUCCCUUGGACGUCACACCUGAUGGAUGGUUACUGAGCUAGAGAGAUUUGGCACAUCUUUUCUUAGUCUUUUGAUUCAGAUUCAAAACUUACAGCACAAACCAGGUCAGUUACUUUUAGUUAGAAGUUAUUGCCAUUUAUUCCUUUUUAUAAAUUUCUAUAUAUACUCUUAUUUUUUUAUGUUACUAAUUGGCCUACAGCCGCAAACAUGGGUUUGUCCUGCGUACAUUUUCCAAUAACUUUGUAAUAGGGACAUGGUUUUGUGCAUGUUCUUGGAAAUACUUGUGUAUGUAUAGAAGGGAGGGACUGAUUAUUUUUCUACAAAGUAAUUUAUGAUUUCUAAUUUUCUAAUGUGCCUUGGAUAUGUGCCAAACGAUGGGAAAAGAAACAGUAAACUCUAUGAUUCUUGAGCGCCUCAUGGUA